UCCAGGUUCGGAUCGAUGGCGGCGGCGGUGGCGGAGGAGGUGCUGCAGCACGUGGGACCCGACCCUCCAGCGGAACAGGCCAACAAUGUGGCGGCGGAAGAAGAACUUGGGGGAGACGACGAAGAGAUCCUGCGGUUCAUGGACUCGGCGGAUGGCUACCUCCUCCUGAUGGACUCGCUUUCCUCCGUUCUUCGGCAGGGUUGGUUUGAUCUGGCAAGCGCUCGUCACUCGAUGGGUGCAUCACGUGUUUCGAGUACCCUGUUUGAUCAUAAGGAGCAAUCUGCAGCCACUAAGCUGCAAGUGGAAUUCUCUGCAGAAUUGCAACCAUCAGAACCAAAUCCGCAUUUUGCUUUGUCAAAGUGGUGCUUGCAAGAUGAAUCUGACUCCAGUGAUGUUGCUGCUGCACAAGAUAGUACUAAACCAAAACUAAGGCACCGAGGAUCAGAAGCUACCCCAGAAGAUGGUAGCAGUGAAUCAGACGCAACUACUGCAAAGUCUUCUACUGGUGCUGACAUCAACAAUCAGGUUCAAAGUGCAAGAUCAAAAGCAUUAUCAGUCUUUGGAGCAUUGGUGUCUCCAAAACUACGAACAACCCAAGUUUCCUUUGAAACAGCACUGGAAUUAAUUGUGGAGUUAGCAAAUUCAAGAUCAACUAUGCUCUCUAGUUUCUCCAAGAUAAAGCAUAAAUCUGGAGUUGCUUCCUGAGUUUGAGGUUUUGUAACCUUGCACGCCAUCUCUUCUUUUUAUGGGACCAGUGAUAUGUAAUCAGCAGCUCUUGUAGAAAAUAUUAUAAUCCUGUUUGAAAUGUGUAUGCAUAGUCAGCAA